UUGGUUCCGCGCAUGCGCAGUCCCGUCUGAAUUUUGAAACAGAAUGGCGGUGUUGCUAGAAACAACAUUAGGCGACAUCGUAGUGGAUUUAUACACCGAGGAAAGACCAAAAGAUUUCGACUCGUGCCUGAGUGUGAUGCUGGUGUGGACUGACACUGAACUGUGUGCUGAGGAAGAAAGGGAUUCAGCUUCAAAAUGGAGUUCUGGCUGUUUUUAGCCCUGCAGGUUUCACUAACACAGAGUGUAUGAAGGACUCGAUUUAAAUCGAAUCGCAUGCAGACACAAAGCUGAAGAAGAGGAAAGAACGGGAUUUUUUUUUUACUGCCUAAUGAUACAGAAAGGAUGAAUACUUUGUUCAAUUACACUGAGGUGAUCAGCUCCCUUUCCUGAGUGCUGUUCCUCCAUCAGAGUUAAAGACAAGUCCUCAGUCUAUAUAUAUAUAUAUAUAUAUAUAUAUAUAUAUAUAUAUAUAUAUAUAUAUAUAUAUAUUUAUUUAUUUAAAUCACAUGACCAAGAAAGACACGUCACACAAAUAGUGUUGAAUUUUAACAAAUUAAAAUCAUGCUUGAUUUUUCUCUUUCGAUCUGUCUUUAUUGUCAUUAAUGAUAAAAAAACUGUGUUGGUUAGAGAAGGAGUUCUGUAACAUGCAGAAAUCAGUCUAGUGUUUAGUUUUUUAAUAUAAUGAUGGUCUGAAUCUGAAGGAAGAAAUGGUUAAAAGAGGAGUGUUUUAUAAUCUCUCCGUCUUUGUGCUCCUCCUCCAAAACCACCUCCUCAUACACACAGAGAACCAGGAAGUUCAUUUCAAAGGAAACUAAACUCAGAGUUCAGUGCACUGUGUCUCUCUCUCUCUCUCUCUUCUCGCUAUCUGUCAGUGUGUGAGUUCAGGAAAAUGGCCGAGGCCAGUAUUUCAGUAGAUCAGCUUUCAGUGGAUCAGUUCAGCUGUCCAGUGUGUCUGGAUCUACUGAAGGAUCCGGUGGCGGUCCACUGUGGUCACAGUUUCUGUAAGGUGUGUAUUAAUGACUGCUGGGAUCAGGAAGAUGAGAGCGGACUGUAUCGCUGUCCUCAGUGCAGUGACACUUUCACUCCGAGGCCUGUUCUACGCAGAAACAACAUGCUGGCUGAAGUGGUGGAGAAACUAAAGAAGACUGAAGUCCAAGCUGCUUCUCCUGCUCACUGUUACGCUGGACCUGGAGAUGUGGAGUGUGAUUUCUGCACCAGGAGAAAAAACAAAGCCGUCAAGUCCUGUCUGAUGUGUCUGGCCUCCUUUUGUGAAACUCAUCUGAAACCUCACUAUGAAGUUCCUUCCUGGAAAAAGCACAAGUUAGUCGAAGCUUCUGGAAAUCUACAAGAGAAGAUCUGCUCUGAGCAUGAGGAAGUGUUGAACAUCUACUGUCGUACUGACCAAAGCUUCAUCUGUUAUCUGUGUAUGAUGGAAAAACACAAAAGCCACGACACCAUCUCAGUUAAAGCGUACAGAACUGAAAAACAGAGAGAGUUAAAGGAGGAGCAGAUGAAAUCCCAGCAGAGAAUCCAGGAGAAGCAGAAGAAGGUGCAGGAGCUGAAACAGACUGUGAACACUAUAAAGCUCAGUGCACAGACAGCAGUGGAGGACAGUGAGAGGAUCUUUACUGAGAUGAUCAGCUCCAUGGAGAAAAGGCGCUCGGAGGUGACGGAGCUGAUCAGAGCUCAGGAGAAGGCUGAACUGAGUCGAGCUGAACGACUUCUGGAGCAAAUGGAGCAGGAGAUCGCUGAUCUUCAGAGGAGAGUCACUGAGCUGGAGCAGCUUUCACACACACACGAUCACCUCCACUUCCUCCAGGAAAUAAAGGUUUUAGUCUCCGGCCAUCGCUCGACCGAAAUUAUUAGACCAGGUUUUCAGUCUGAUCUCCGUGAGGACUCACGCAGCAUCACUGUCAGUAAACAUCUCUCAUUUGAUGGAGUGAGGGAAUCUCUCUCUGCUCUGAAAAAGAGACUCGAGGAAUUCUGCCUCGAGGAAUUCAUCAAAAUCCCUGAACUUGCUGCAGCAGUUCAGAUCAUUUUAGAACCAAAGAGCAGAGAAUAUCGUCUGCAGUAUUUCUGUGAUCUGACUCUGGAUCCCAACACAGUAAAUUAUUACCUCAUUCUGUCUGAGAAGAACAGAGCGGUGACACGCAGUGAGAGAAAGCAGCAGUACUCUGAUCAUCCAGAGAGAUUUGACUCCUACACUCAGGUGUUGAGUAAGGAGAGUGUGUGUGGACGCUGUUACUGGGAGGUGGAGUGGAGCGGUGUGAGAAGUGUGUCCAUAUCAGUCUCAUAUAAAGACAUCAGAAGGAAAGGACGGGGUAAGGAGCGUUGGUUUGGAUGCAACGAUCAGUCCUGGAGUCUGUGGUGUUCUUCUUCUUCUUCUCUCUCUUUCUGUCAUGACAACAUUGAGACUGGGCUCGGAGUUCCACCACCCUCCAGAAUAGGAGUGUAUGUGGAUUACAGUGCAGGAACUCUGUCCUUCUACAGCGUCUCUGACACGAUGAAGCUCCUCCACAGAGUCCACACCACAUUCACUCAGCCUCUAUACGCUGGGUUCUGGCUCGACUCUUUGGGAUCAACUGUGAGAUUAUGCGAUCCAAAAUAAAAUAUCACUAAUGUGAUUUUAUUGAAUUAAAAUGAGCAACUUUACUUUUUUAUAUCAAGCUUAAUUCCAAUGUAAUAUGAGGCAUUUAUUUGUGAUUUCCCAAUUUUCCUUUAUAACGUUAGAUCUUUCUUUUAGAAGAUUUUAAUGUUAUACAGUAGUGUUGGAAAGUUUGUGAACCCUUUAGAAUUUUCUAUGUAUCUGAAUAUGUCCUAAAACAUUAUCAGAUUUACACAAGUCCUAAAAGUAGAAACUAUUACGUUUAUCUGCACUUAUUGCUGCACAAGGGGGUCACACCACAUACUGACAGCAAAGGUGUAUAUCUGUGAGUCGCAAAAGUAUGUGCACCUUUGCUGUCAGUAUGUGGUGUGACCCCCUUGUGCAACAAUAAGUGCAGAUAAACGUUUGCGGUAACUGUUGAUCAGUCCUGCACAUCGUAUUGGAGGAAUUUUAUCCCAGUCCUCAGUACAGAACCGCUUCAACUCUGGGAUGUUGGUGGGUUUCCUCACAUGAACUGCUUGCUUCAGGUUUUUCCACAACAUUUCUAUUGGAUUAAGGUCAGGACUUUGACUUGGCCAUACUAAAAUUUAUUAUUUUUUAACCGUUCUUUGGUAGAGUGACUUGUGUGUUUAGGAUCGUUGUGUUGCUGCAUGACCCACUUUCUCUUGAGAUUCAGAUCACGUACAGAUGUCCUGACAUGUUCCUUUAGAAUUCGCUUGAAUAAUUCAGAAUUCACUGUUCCUUCAAUGUUGGCAAACCGUCUUGGCCCAGAUGCAGCAAAACAUCCCCAUACCACGAUACUACCACCACCAUGUUUCACAGAUGGGAUAAGGUUCUUAUGUUGGAAUGUAGUGUUUUCCUUUCUCCAAACAUAAUGCUUGUCAUUUAACCCAAAUAUUAUAUUUUGGUCUCAUCCAUCUACAAAACAUUUUUUUCAGUUGCCUUCUGGCUUCUCCAUAUGAUCUUUAGCAAACUGCAGAGGGGCAGCAAUGUUCUUUCUCCUUGCAACCCUGCCAUGUACACCAUUGCUGUUCAGUGUUCUCCUGAGGGUAGGCUCAUGAACAUUAACAUUCGCCAACGUGAGGUCCCUCACUCACACCUGAUCAUCAUCCCAUUGAUUGAAAACACCUAAAUAUAAUAUCACCUUCAAAUUAACUGCUAAUCCUAGAGAUUCACAUACUUUUACCACUCACAGAUAUGUACUAUUGGAUCAUUAUAUAAUAUUUUUGUCUUAUUUGUUUAAUUGGGUUCUCUUUAUCUACUUUUUAGGACAAAAUCUGAGGAUGUUUUCGGUCAUAUUCUGCUUCAAUACUGUGUUAAAAUCCAUGCUGGUCUACUCAUUAAUCUUACAUAUGAAUCAUCAUGACUGUACUUAUACUGUAUCUAUUCAUUUGGAUGGAUUCUUGGAUAACUAAAUAAAAAAUAUAUUUGAAUAUGUGUUAAA